UCAUGUUGGAUGAAGCUUCAGCAGCUCCACGCAGCUCCACGCAGCUCCACGCAGCUCUGGGACACCGCGGAUUUACCAGCUCGAGAAACGGAUCGACCCUCGCGACUCCCGGCCAGCCAGAAGAAGGAUUUUCGCUUCCAAAGUUGUAGGAAAAACAUGGAGACUGUAAGUCGGCAGAGCUUCCAGCCUCAUCCGGGACUGCAGCAAACUCUGAAGCAGUUCCACCUCAGCUCCAUGAGCUCUCUGGGCGGACCGGCGGCGUUCUCGGCCCGGUGGCAACAUGAGCUCCUCUUCAAGAAGGACGGGAAGGAGCCCGAACCGGUCCUGCAGCAUCUGCCGCAGCCCGUGAUGCCCGGUCCGCUCUUCAUCCCGUCGGACCGCUCCACGGAGAGGUGCGAGACGGUCCUGGAGGCGGAGACCAUCUCCUGCUUCGUGGUCGGCGGGGAGAAGCGGCUGUGCCUGCCGCAGAUCCUCAACACGGUGCUGCGGGACUUCACCCUGCAGCAGAUCAACUCCGUGUGCGACGAGCUGCACAUCUACUGCUCCCGGUGCACGGCGGACCAGCUGGAGAUCCUCAAAGUCAUGGGGAUCCUGCCCUUCUCGGCGCCGUCCUGCGGCCUCAUCACCAAGACGGACGCCGAGCGGCUGUGCAACGCCCUGAUCUACGGAGGCGCCUACCCGCCGCGCUGCAAGAAGGAGCUGGGCUCCGGGUCCUUGGAGCUGCAGCUCACCGACAGGAGCUUCAAGGUCUACCACGAGUGCUUCGGCAAGUGCAAGGGCUUGCUGGUGCCGGAGCUGUACUCCAGCCCCAACGCAGCCUGCAUCCAGUGCAUGGACUGCAGACUCAUGUACCCGACCCACAAGUUCGUGGUGCACAGCCACAAGGCGCAGGAGAACCGGACGUGCCACUGGGGCUUCGACUCUGCCAACUGGAGGGCGUACAUCCUCCUGGGUCAGGAUUACACAGGGAAAGAGGAGAAGGUCCGCCUGGAGCAGCUCCUGGACGACAUCAAGGAGAAGUUCGACUUCACCAACAAGUACAAGAGGAAAGCUUCAUCCAGGGUGUCCGAUCCCGUCCCGCUGAAGAAGUCCAAACUCGAAGACGUCCCGUCCCAGUCCCUGCUGACAGCCAAGGAGAAGCAGCACGACUGGCUCCAGUCCCUCGCCGCCCCCAACAAGGGGAUUAACGGCAGGCAGAGGCCCUCAGCCUUCAGACCCUGGUCCCCCCACGUCUCUGCUGGAGAUAAAGAACCAUCCACGCAUCCUCUGGCCCUGCUCAGAGACAGCUUCUACAACUACAAGAGCCUCGAGAGCGCCGUGGCCCCCAAUGUGGCCCUCACGGCACUGCCCUUGGGGAAGAUGGGGCCCAUGUCCCCGUCGGUGCCCAGCACCUCCCACCCGAGCGGCGGCGAGCCCCCGAGCGAGAGCGCCAACUCCAGGCCUCGUAAGAGAAGAGCUCCAGAGGAGCUGGUGCCAGAGGUCAGCUGCCCCCCGACCCCGGCCGCCAACAAGCUGCUGCCGGACGACAAAGACUCAGAGGUGGAGAUAGAGGUGGAGAGCCGCGACGAAUUCACCUCGUCUCUGUCCUCCCUGUCCUCGCCGUCCUUCACCUCCUCCAGCAGCUCAGCCAAGGAUCUGAGCUCGCCGGGCGCCACGGGGCCCGUCUGCACCGUCAUGUUGGCCGAGUGCACCGCCCCUGCAGCUCCGCCCAUCAGCACCACAGUGGCGCCACUGGAGCUGGGACUGGAGUCAGAGCUGGAGAGCCUGAGACAAGCUCUGGACAGCGGGCUGGACUCCAAAGAGUCCAAAGAGAAGUUUCUGCACGAGAUCGUCAAGAUGAGAGUGAAGCAGGAGGAGAAGCUGGGGUCGGCCCUGCAGGCCAAACGCAGCCUUCAGCAGGAGUUGGAGUUCCUGCGGGUGGCGAAGAAGGAGAAGCUCCGGGAGGCGACGGAGGCCAAGCGCAACCUGAGGAAGGAAAUCGAGCGUCUGCGAGCUGAGAGUGAGAAGAAGAUGAAGGAGGCGAACGAGUCGCGGGUCCGCCUGAAGAGGGAGCUGGAGCAGGCCCGGUGGCUGCGGGUCUGCGAUAAAGGCUGCGAGGCCGGCCGUCUGCGGGCCAAAUACUCGGCCCAGAUCGAAGACCUGCAGAUGAAGCUGCAGCACGCCGAGGCCGACCGUGAGCAGCUCAGAGCCGACCUGCUGCAGGAGCGGGAGGCCCGGGAACACCUGGAGAGGGUGGUGAAGGAGCUACAGCAACAACUUUGGCCCAAAUCCAGCAACAAGGACAAGGCUGCUGACAAAUAAACCAGCAGCUGGACUCCCCAUCCAACCAUUCCACCUCAUCACCACCGCCAUCACUCGCUGUCAGCCCAGUCCAGGACACGAGGCACCGCCGUCUGUCACAACCCACAAAACACACAGAAGUAUGAAAAACAGACAGAUGGAGUAAAGAUCUGCAUCCUUCUGCAGGAUCCCGAGUCUACAAACCCACUCAGAACUCUGGUACCAGAUCCUGCUAGAUCACAGAGGAUGUGAUCCAUGUACAGUGGAUCAGCCGGGAGGACGUCUUAGACUUAAUAAGCUACUUAAGGGACUGCAUGGAGACGUGUACAGAAGAUGUUCCUGUUAGGAGGCGUGACGACACAGGAGGUGGAGCCUAUGGAAAAGUCUCUCGUUGCGUUUAAACAUGAAUUUUGUUUUUUCAGAGGAAAAAUCAUGGAGUGAGUGAUUAGUAGUGAGCACUUCUACGGGAUAAUCUGGUUUGUUUCUUCUCUUUUAUAAAUAAAGAUUUGGGUAAAACUUUUCCUAAACCCUGGACUCCAGUUACGAGUGUGGCCUUGUUUUCUAACACGACGGCGUUUUUUUAGUGGGCUGGACGGACAAACGGACGCAAAAUGUUAAUAACUUAAGGUUUGUAAAUAUAAAUGUUUUGUACUUAUGAUAAAUCGCACUUUGUCCUAACAUACUGGUAUAAAGCAUUUUAGUCCCACUGGUGUUCUCCCCACGACUGCGGCCAUUGAACGUCAGAGCAUUUUGUUGAUUACAAACCAACGAAUAAAGUUUUUAGUGUUGUAAACAGGAAGAGGACGUCCAGCUCGGUUCCUGCACCCGUUACAGGAACAAAAACGACGUUUUCACACGUAGAGAUGAUGUUUUCUUGCUUGUUCUGUUCACGCGGUUUUGUUUAUGCAUGACCUCCCAGCGUUUGCUACUCAUAUAGUCGGUUGUUGCGUGCGAGGCUUUUAUUGUGUAACGCGACACGAGCAAGUCGUCUUCAGCAGAGGGACGCAUCGUCGUCCAAAAGAACAAUGCAAUGCUGGAAAACCUCAAGUGCCUGGAAGUGGGCGAAAGGUUUCCAGAAAAGGCCGAGGAUGAAGCCGUCAUGGCGUCUCAUCAGCUUCCUGUUUGCAGUUUUCAAAUUAAAAGUCCCUCUACUACUUUAUUAGUAUUCCAGUUUACAAAUGUUGACUCGGUGGCUGCAGAGAACAUUUGGACAAACGGCGCUUUUGUGUGUCUUCUGCAUGUUUUCUAAGAACCCGGAUUUGGUGAACCGUUACGGAUUUGUACAGAAAGACUUACCGUUUACUCCCGGCUCGCUGAUGAUGAAGACGCCUGGCGUUGCCAUGAGAACGACUUCACGUCCGCCCCUUUGGCCGACUCCGAUUGGUACAUUUUCUAAUGGUUUUUACACGCCCACUAGCCGGUGUGUCGUUUUUUCUACAAAACAAUAAAUUUGGCGGUUUUCUAAAGAAAAUCCUUUUGCUAACGGACGGCGGUGACGCAGCAAUAACCGUCACCACGAACAGUCAGAAUACUAGCCGGUGUGCAGAAUUUACACGUGUAAAUACCGUCUUAAAUAUUGUAUAAUAAAUGUACGAGGUGUUUCCUUUGGGAGAGAAUCUUUUCUUACCGAAGCUCUUUGGGUUCACGUUGUUUUUUAAGUUUGAACUGAGAUGUCGACGCGGCGCGCGUUCCCUUCAUAAGCAUGUUAUCAUAGCCUUUUGUUUUCUACUGUAGAGUUUCUAUGAAGGUGUUUUGUUCCUCAUUUAUGGGUUUUUAUUCUGGGUGUCGUAUACCACCCCCCCACCCUCAUGUAUCGUCUAGCCCUGUGCUGCUGCUAAACUAUAACUACUCUAGGAAUAUUUUUACGUACAAGCCGAGCUUUCCCGUUAUUAGCGCCACAUAUAAAGUAUAAAGACGCUUGGCCGGUUCAUCCGUUGUUUCUUGUCCCGCUCCGGCGACACGGCCUCCGUUGUAAAGUAAAGGACUUUAUGAGAGUAGCGAUGCUUGUAUACUGCGGUGACUGAAUGUACAGAUGUGUAUAGAUGCAUUACCAGAAAUAAAGUUGUUUGUCCAGAUUCAA